AUGAUGGGGCUGAGCGAGGAAUUCCCGCUAUUUCCAAGUGGUCGCGAGAGGUAUGCUCCAUUCGACAGUCCACGAGGAUCACCUCUUCCAGAUGAACGACAAGAAGAAAUCCCAGAAUUUAUUAACCAACUCUUGGAUGACGACCAACCGACUCACUCCUCAUUCACGGCACCACAAACACCAAACACAAACGCGGAACAAAAAGAAUUGGUCUUCACCAAGCGAGAAACGAUGACACCGUAUAGAGAUAAUAGACAUGCUUCAACUUCUUUUGUGCCCAAAACACAAAGAUUUCUUCAUGUAAAGCCUGGGGAUCAAGUACAACAACAAUUUGGCACUUUUCAGAGUUAUACCGAUGUUGGUGAUAUGACUAAAAUGGAGAACAUCGACGACAAUGAAUUUUUAAAGAUGUGUUGCGACCAGUUUGGGUGUCGGUGUCUCCAAAAAAAACUAGAAGACGACGAUGAUGAUGCAAUAGACGAAAUAUAUGAAAGAAUGCUCCCUAUAAUGAACAACCUCAUUGCUGACCAGUUCGGGAAUUACUUGUGCCAGAAACUUAUUGAAGUUGUUGAUGAUGAACAACGCCUUGAUAUAUUGAAAUGCGUGUCGAACAAUAUCGGAAUCAUUUCUAAAAAUAUCCAUGGGACUAGAAGUGUACAGAAGAUGAUAAACUGUGCCACCACAAAAGCAGAAAUAGAUGAAUUGAUUCUAUCACUCUCACCACAUAUCGUCGACUUGGUUUUUGAUGGGAAUGGCAAUCAUGUGAUUCAAGAAUGCCUUAAAACAUUUUCAAAAGAGCAAAACAAGUUCAUUUUUGAUGGCAUACUUGGAGAUUCCUUCGUCGAGAUUUGUGAACACAAACACGGGUGUUGUGUUGUACAGAGAUGCAUCGACUUUGGGAACAGAGGUCAGUUGAACAAAUUGGUAGAUAAGGUGAUUAGCAACACACUUGAAAUCAUCACAGACCCUUAUGGAAAUUAUGUGGUACAGUAUAUAUUAAAAGUUGAUGUGGACCAUGUCUGUAUGGAUGUGACGAAAAUAAUACUUGACGACUUAAUCGUUUUGUCGACACAGAAAUUCUCGUCGAAUGUCAUUGAGCAACUUGUGAUGUCGGACGAGGUUGGUGUGAAAGAACUGAUGUUCGACAAGUUUCUACAAUACAAAGAUGUUGAGAGGCUUUUGCAAGGAUCGUUCUCGAACUAUGUUAUUCAAACGUGCUUAGAAAACUCCUCAAGAGAGUACCAUGUCAAAUUGUCGAAUUGGAUUCUUCCACACAUUGACUCGAUAAAGAACAUAUCGUACUACAAGAAGAUUCAGACCAAAUUACUCUUCGAGCCAAAAUCAAGUCAUUUUAUGUGA